AUGUGCCACGCCCACUACGCUGCCGUCUUGUCCUCCGCCGCCGCCGCCGCCGGCGGCCGGAGCGGGGCUCGCGUGGCCGGCGCAGUGCACUGCCUCAUCCUCAGGACGUUCCCCCGGGCUCCCCCAACCUACCUCCUAAACCAGCUCCUCACCGCCUAUGCCAAGUCCGGCCGCCUCGCGCGCGCACGCCGCGUGUUCGACGCAAUGCCAGACCCCAACCUCUUCACCCGCAACGCCCUCCUCUCGGCGCUCGCCCGCGCGAGGCUCGUCCCGGACAUGGAGCGGCUCUUCGCCUCCAUGCCUGAGCGGGACGCCGUCUCCUACAACGCGAUUAUCACCGGCUUCUCCGGCAGCGGCUCUCCUGCCCGGUCGGCUGAGGCGUACCGCGCGCUGCUCCGGGAGGAGAAUGUCAGGCCGACGCGGAUCACUCUUUCGUCCAUGGUCAUGAUCGCUUCGGCCCUCGCCGACCGCUCGCUAGGACGCCAGGUGCAUUGCCAGGUACUGCGGCUUGGAUUCGGAGCAUAUGCUUUUGUCGGGAGCCCCUUGGUCGAUAUGUAUGCCAAGAUGGGCCUUAUUAGGGAUGCCAGGCAGGUGUUUGAAGAAAUGGAGAGCAAGACUGUGGUCAUGUGUAAUACCUUGAUCACAGGGCUGCUCCGAUGCAAGAUGAUCGACGAUGCAAAGAGUCUGUUUGAGCUGAUGGAGGAAAGGGAUUCCAUUACUUGGACUACGAUGGUUACAGGACUGACUCAGAACGGUUUACAGUUGGAAGCUCUGGAUGUUUUCAGGAGAAUGAGGGCAGAGGGUGUAGGCAUUGACCAGUACACUUUCGGAAGUAUUCUUACAGCUUGCGGUGCCCUUGCUGCCUUGGAAGAGGGAAAGCAGAUACAUGCCUACAUAACUCGGACUUGGUAUGAAGACAAUGUCUUUGUCGGGAGUGCGCUUGUUGACAUGUACUCCAAGUGCAGGUGCAUCAGAUCAGCAGAGGCUGUUUUCAGGAGGAUGACGUGCAGAAACAUCAUCUCGUGGACCGCGAUGAUUGUUGGAUAUGGCCAGAAUUCUUGCAGUGAGGAAGCUGUGAGGGUAUUCUCGGAGAUGCAAAGGUACGGCAUUGAGCCUGAUGAUUUUACUCUAGGGAGUGUUAUAAGUUCCUGUGCUAAUUUAGCAAGUCUGGAAGAGGGUGCACAGUUCCACUGCCUAGCACUUGUCUCAGGCUUGAUGCGGUACGUUACAGUGUCCAACGCACUAGUUACCUUGUAUGGGAAGUGUGGCAGCAUUGAGGACGCACACAGAUUGUUUGAUGAGAUGGUGUUCCACGAUCAGGUCUCCUGGACUGCCCUUGUGUCAGGGUAUGCUCAAUUUGGGAAGGCAAAAGAAACAAUAGAUUUGUUUGAGAAGAUGUUGGCAAAUGGUCUGAAACCUGAUGGGGUAACAUUUAUCGGUGUCCUUUCUGCUUGUAGCCGUGCAGGGCUUGUAGAGAAAGGGUGCGACUACUUUGAUUCCAUGCAGAAGGACCAUGGUAUUGUUCCUAUAGAUGAUCACUACACAUGUAUGAUUGACUUGUAUAGCAGAUCAGGGAAGUUAAAAGAGGCGGAGGAAUUCAUAAAGCAGAUGCCACACAGUCCUGAUGCCUUUGGAUGGGCAACAUUGCUUAGCUCGUGUAGGCUGCGUGGCAACAUGGAGAUUGGCAAGUGGGCUGCUGAGAAUCUCUUGGAAACUGACCCGCAAAACCCCGCCAGCUAUGUGUUGUUGUGCAGCAUGCAUGCUGCUAAAGGUGAAUGGACUGAGGUUGCUCAGCUUAGACGUGGAAUGAGGGACAGACAGGUGAAGAAGGAGCCAGGCUGCAGUUGGAUCAAGUACAAGAACAAAGUGCAUAUAUUUUCAGCUGAUGACCAAUCCCACCCCUUCUCUAGGAGAAUUUAUGAAAAGCUCGAAUGGCUCAACUCAAAGAUGGCCAAAGAAGGCUACAAGCCUGAUGUCAGCUCGGUGCUGCAUGAUGUGGCAGAUGCUGAUAAGGUUCACAUGAUCAGCCAUCACAGCGAGAAACUUGCAAUUGCCUUCGGUUUAAUCUUUGUUCCGCAGGAAAUGCCAAUUCGGAUUGUCAAGAAUCUACGAGUAUGUGUGGAUUGUCACAAUGCUACCAAGUUCAUUUCUAAGAUAACCGGCCGUGAUAUUCUUGUGAGGGAUUCCGUCAGAUUUCACAAGUUUAGCAACGGCACAUGCUCUUGCGGAGACUUCUGGUAA